AUGGGCUUUAACAUCUACGAGGAAGCUCCCGUGGUGCAGUCCAAGUACCACGGCACGGAGAAACAAGUGUUGGCAGAGAUUUUCCUCCAGCACGCAGUCUCUGGUGCCUUGCCCAUAAACCCAUGGUACGAGGCAGCCAAGUCCCUGUCCCGCGAAUUCCCUGACCAACUGGGCUGCCUUGGCAAUCAUUCCAUCCUGGGACGAGUUUUCCAGAUGAUUGACGAGAAUCAUGAUGGCAUCCUAGAUCAGGAUGAGUUCGUCAAUGGCAUGCAUGAGCUCCUGCACCCCAGCACGGCGGCAGGGAAGACGCUCGCGGAGAGAAUUGCCAAGGUCACUCUUCCGCCGGUGGAGACGGAUUUCGAGCAUGUGAAAAACGUCGCCAUCAUUGGUGCAGGAGUCGCGGGCCUUCAGACGGCACGCCGGCUGAUGGAGAUUGGAAUCUCUUGUACCAUCUUCGAGAAGUCUGAGAACGUGGGAGGGGUGUGGCAGAAGAACUACGCAGACUUCGGCCUGCAGGUCCCGAAGGAGCUCUUUGAGUUCCCCGACUUCCCCUAUCCUCCCGACUUCAAGUGCGACCUGUUCCCCACAGGCCCGGAGGUUCAGGAGUACAUCGAGCUGUACGCCAAGACUUUCGGGUUGUACGACAUUACGCAAUUUAAGACGUUUGUCCUAGAGCUGUAUCCAGCACAUGCUGGGAAGCGCGGCUGGACCGUCGUCUAUGAGAAGGACAAGGAGCGCUCCACCAAGACCUUUGACUACUUGGUCGUUGCAACGGGCAUGUAUGGCUGGCCACCGCACGUUCCCGUUGCCCGUGGCUCCGAAAAGUUUAAGGGCCAGAUUUUGCACUCCUGCACCUUCACGGAUCGUAGUGUCGCCGCGGGCAAGAAGGUGGUCGUCGUUGGUGGUGGUAAAUCCGCAGUUGACAACGCGGUGUCCGCAGCCAAGGCGGGCGUCUCCAGCGCCCUGGUUUGCAGAUCCUGGCACUGGCCUGUUCCACGCUACUUGCUGGACUGGGUGCCCUUCAAGUAUGCGACCUACAACCGUUUUGGGCAUUGGUUCGUGCACCCCCACCACAGCGAAGGUCCGGCAGCACAAUGGCUCCAUGGUACAUGCGCACCCGUCAAGUGGCUCUGGUGGCGCAUCGUGGAGACGAUGUUCCGCAGCCAGUUCAAGAUCCCCAAGGACAUGAUUCCAGACGAGGGCAUCGACGUCGAUCUCUUCACCGGGGCUAUUGACAAAUUCACGGAGACCGGGGUCAUCCUCACUGAUGGCAAGGAGCUGGAAGCCGACAUCGUGAUCUACGGGACGGGCUUUACCAAGAACUACGACAUCUUCGACAAGGUAAUCCAGGAAAAGCUCAACAUCCAAAAGGACGGGCUCUACCUGUACAGGAACAUCAUCCCGCCGCAGGUGCCGGAUGUGGCUUUCAUUGGUUGCGAAGUUGCCACCUUCAACAACAUCUUGACACACGGCCUGCAAGCGCUCUGGCUGCAGAAGAUGUUGGCUGGAAAGAUGCAGGUCCCCAAGCCGGGAGCCAUGGAGAAGGUGAUUGAGAAGGAGCGCGCCUGGAAGCGAAGCUGGAUGCCACCCUCAAGUGCUCGUGCGUGCCUCUACCAGCUGCACAUGACCAAGUACCAUGACAUGCUGAUCCAGGACACGGGCGCGUCGCGCUUCCGGAAGAUGCCCAACUGCUUCGGCGAGCUCUGCAUGCCCAUCACGGCGGCCGACUUUGCGGAUCUUUUCCCGAAAAGCUCCAGGUGA